AUGGCUCUGGACAACUAUUAUCGCAACAAAAUCGAGGGCAUGAAGCUCGAGAUUAUCCAGGGUCAAGCCGUUUUGCGACGAUUGGAAGCACAGCGCAAUGACUACAACUCGAGAGUGCGUCUACUGCGGGAGGAGCUUGGUCUGUUGCAGCAGCCGGGCUCGUAUGUUGGCGAGGUGGUCAAGGUGAUGAGCACAAAGAAGGUCUUGGUCAAAGUACACCCGGAAGGGAAAUAUGUGGUGGAUAUUGCAGAUGGCGUGGAUAUCGGGAAGCUUACUGUCGGCAAACGGGUUGCCCUUCUCUCUGAUUCCUACAAGCUGGAGAAGAUGCUGCCUUCUUCCGUCGAUCCGCUGGUGUCGCUCAUGAUGGUGGAGAAAGUCCCGGACAGUACAUAUGACAUGAUUGGUGGCUUGGACCAGCAGAUCAAGGAAAUCAAGGAGGUGAUCGAGCUGGGCCUGAAGCACCCCGAGCUGUUCGAGUCGCUGGGAAUCGCUCAGCCGAAGGGUGUUCUGCUGUACGGUCCACCUGGAACCGGGAAGACGCUACUCGCCCGAGCUGUGGCCCAUCACACCGACUGUCGAUUCAUCCGGGUCAGUGGCUCGGAGCUGGUCCAGAAGUAUAUUGGUGAGGGAAGCCGUAUGGUGCGUGAGCUCUUCGUCAUGGCCCGAGAGCAUGCACCCAGCAUCAUCUUCAUGGACGAGAUCGACAGUAUUGGGUCCAGCCGAAUAGAUUCGGCUGGAUCGGGUGACUCGGAGGUGCAACGGACGAUGCUCGAGUUGCUCAAUCAGCUGGACGGGUUUGAACCGACCAAGAACAUCAAGAUCAUCAUGGCGACUAACCGAUUGGACAUCCUCGACCCGGCCCUGUUGCGGCCUGGGCGAAUCGACCGGAAGAUUGAAUUCCCCCCGCCAUCGGUCGAAGCUCGUGCCGACAUCUUACGAAUCCACUCUCGCUCGAUGAACCUGACCCGAGGCAUCAAUCUCACCAAGAUUGCGGAGAAGAUGAAUGGGUGCUCUGGGGCAGAACUCAAGGGUGUUUGCACCGAGGCGGGCAUGUACGCGCUGCGUGAGCGUCGGGUGCACGUUACGCAGGAGGACUUCGAUCUGGCUACUGCCAAGAUCCUCAACAAGCACGACGACAAGGAGGUUGCGGUGUCGAAGUUGUGGAAGUAG